UGCUUAAUAGUCGCUGAUGAUGUCGUGACCACAAAGUGUGCCGAUGCGUAUUAUAAUAAUAGAUAUUUCUUUAGAUGCUGAAAAGCAACGGCAUGGCAUGAGCUGAGACACAUGAUAUAUACUGUACGAGACUAUAGAGUGAAUCGCAUUGACAAAAACGCAUCUAUCUACAUGUGAUAAAUGUACCACUGGAUGUUUUGAUAAUCGUACAAGAUGGCUUUGAAUAUUACCCAGUGUUGCUCCAGACUAGUAUCUAGUUGGAUGAGAAGAACGUCUUCUGGUUGUCAUAAAGCAGUCCGUCAUGCGAGUAUGGCAUCAAGACUUCAAAGUAUUGGAGUGUUAGGAGUACCAAUCAAUAAGGGCCAGGACAAAGAUGGUGUUGUAUAUGGGCCUACAGUGUUAAGAGAUGCUGGGCUGAUAUCAUCCAUUCAAGAUCUUGGUCAUACGGUUAUCGAUCAUGGAGACCUUGUCUUCCCUGCAGGGGAUGAGGAGACAGCUACAGUCAAUGGUGUCAAAAAUGCUGCAUUCCUUGGUAAAGCACUCAAAAAGAUUUCCAAAGGAGUUGAAGACAUCACCAAACAGGACCAGCUUUGUGUAACUCUUGGUGGAGAUCAUGGCAUCACUAUCGGUUCCCUCCAUGGCCACACCCGCUCAAGACCGGACCUGUGCGUCCUGUGGGUCGACGCCCAUGCCGACAUUAACCUUCCUCAGGCAUCUCCGUCCGGGCACAUACACGGCAUGGUGCUCUCCUUUGUGUGUCAUGAACUGCGCCAUUACUUGCCUAAGCUUCCAAACUUUGAUUGGUUGGAUUCCUGUAUCUCCUGUAAAGAUAUUGCCUACAUUGGUCUGAGGGAUGUGGAUGUAGGAGAGAGAUAUAUCUUAGAGAAGCAUGGAAUCAAAAUAUUUUCGAUUCAUGAGGUUCAGAAGUAUGGUGUGGCAGAGGUGUAUGCUCGGGCUAUGGACAUGAUUAACCCAAGAGGAACGCGUCCAGUACACAUGAGCUUUGACAUAGACUCAUUGGACCCUGGUGUAUCGGCCAGUACAGGGACACCAGUACUUGGAGGUCUGACGUAUAGAGAAGGCAUUUACAUUGCGGAAGAAAUCGCUGAAACAGGUAUGCUGAGCUCUAUGGACUUGGUAGAAGUGAACCCGCAGCUUGGAACCCCAUCCCAGCAGGAAUCUACCAUCAAUGCUGGUGUAGAUGUCAUCUUGGCAGCUAUGGGCAAGCGGAAACAGGGCAACGUACCCGUGGGCUACGAGAUCCUCAUACCAGACGAGAGAAAUCGAUUCGCCCCUCAGAAGUCAGAUGAGGCAGAGAGACUGAGGAGAGAAAGGAAUGUGCAACGAUGAAAGAAAUGGGAGAGUCAAAGCAGCUUGUGUAUUUUGUGAGAACUCAUCAUUAGCAGCAUUUGUUUUCCUUGAAUAGAUUGUAUGAACAAUUUAAGGCAUUUUGUUGUUGUAAAUCAGAUGAUAAUUUCAUUUACAUUAACUAAAUGAUCAAAUAUUGAAUGAAAGAUUGAGAAAGGUGUACAGUCAGUGUAGUUUCGGAAUGUUAAUCAUGAGUGAAAUCAUUGCGUUUAACACUUGUACAUUUUCUUUAUUUAAUAUUUAGUUGUGAGGAGCUAUACCUAUAACUGACAUGCACUUCGCAUGUUAGUAAAAUAUGGUAUGGUUAUGCGUAGUAAGUCCAGGGUGUAUGUAAUGGAAAUAAAUUAAGUUUUCUUUGUUUUUAUUUUUCACAGCCUUAUAUGUUCCUGUUGAAAUAUUAUAAACUCUAUCAAAGCAACUAUGUAGUACUGAACUGUAGAACAAAAUACUAUUCAAAAUAUUUUUGAGGUCAUGUUUACUAAAAAAAAAGGAAAGUACCCCAGAAGUUUAUAUCCUUGCUGUAGUGAGUCUUAUUUUUUUUCUGUUUCUCUUCAAAUUCUCUGAUUUUGUGACUGAUAUGGUACUUUUUGUUUUUAGCGUUCUGAAAUAAUAAAUAUUAUUAUUGUUAUCAUUCAUGUUUACAGCAGCUUACUGACAAGUGUCCAAAUGUUUUUCAAGGAUUACAAUGUAACAGUGUAUAUGCACUAUUUGUUUCAAUACAGCAUGAUGGGAUACUCAAGGGAGCACUAUCAUUCGUUAUAAAACCAUACCUCACUGUACCAUCAAGUUUAUUAUAUAUGAGUUAGAUUUUAAAUAAUAAUGUUUUGUGUAUGAAAUAUUUCAGUCAUUUUAUUUCAUUGAGUAUUAUCAUGGAAGCAAACCUUACACUUGGAUUUAAUACCUAUUUUUAUUUAAUCAUUAUUAUUCCAAAGAUACGGGCAGACUAUCUGGCCACUGUGCAGAUGAGAUGCUGACCAAUUUCAUCCACCUCUAAAUCACUUAAAUGUCCCAAGAAAAAAUAAAAAUUGUACAUUGUACACAGGCAGUUCAUUUCAUGCAUAGGUUUUCAUUUCUUCAAAGAUAAAAAAAAAAGAAAAAAAGAAAAGGAAACCCUGUAAAUUAUUUUAAUGUUAUUUUAUAUAUAUACAUGAUAGAUGUCACUAAUUGUGUCUCAUCUGAUGACUGUUGUGUUAUGUGGAAGAGUUAGUAUAAUAUUUUUUUCCUUAUUGUCUGUUUUAGGGCUAGUUGCUUCUAAGGCAGCUUUUUUUGGACAUGAAUGUAUUAGAUUAAAUUAGAAUAAUCGUAUAUUUAAUUUUAUUCACUCAGUAUAAUGUUUGUAUUCCAUCCAAAAGGUGAUUCUACUUUCAUUCAUAUCUAUUCAAUUAUUAUUGUACUAAAACAUUUGUCCAACUUAUUGUUAUACGGUAGUCUAGCAUCUAUUGUUUUUGUCUGCCUUGACUUCCAUUAUACCACAACUUUACAUGGUGUUACAGUAUUGGGUAUCUAAAUAUUUAUAAAAAAAAAAAAGUUGUAUAAUUCAGAUUGAGAAUGCUUGUGAAAAUGAUCUGCUGAAUUAAAGUAGAGAGAAUGAGUUCAUCUAUAAAUCAUGAUAAUUAUGUAUGACACCUUAAUGUACCAAUAGCUUGUAAGGAUAUAUUUUGUGGUAAUUCAGUGUCUUGUUAGUUUAAUAACAGAUCCAGUGUGUCACGUCGGACACAAAAGGAAGAUUAUUACAUCUUUGUGGGGGGACAUUUUUUUGCUCAUGGCUUUUAUUUUCUAUAUACAGUUUUAAUGAGCUUUUGUUGUAGCAAAAAAAAUAAUAGAUAGAAUAGAAUGAAAUGAUGUAAUGUUAACGAAAGCGAAAGAAGAAGAAUGCUUGUAUAUUGCUACAUUGCUCACUAAUAACAACCUAUAUAUUUAUCAUUUUAUUCCAUAUUAAAAAAAUAUGGAUUCAGCAAAUUAGCAUUAACUCCAUGCUUAUGUCAAAUGUACCACAAUUUUUGUGGUAAACCAUAUCGCACAAAAAUUAAUAAAUUAGCCAUUAUUUUUUUCAUCUCAAACAAUGUACAGUUCUAUUUUUUGGUCGGGAAAGUAAUGUAUGUAUUGCUUCAUAAUUUCUGGCACAUCUUGUUCUUCAUUAGUGAUCUUACUGAAGGCAUAAAUCUUGUUUUAGUAAGAAAAGAAA